AUGAGCUGGAGUUUCCUGACUCGUCUGCUGGAAGAAAUCCACAACCACUCCACGUCUGUGGGCAAGAUCUGGCUCACCAUCCUCGUUGUUUUCCGCAUUGUGCUGACGGCUGUAGGAGGAGAGUCCAUCUACUAUGAUGAUGGCAAGUUCGUCUGUAACACGGGUCAACCGGGCUGUGAGAACGUCUGCUACAACGCCUUCGCUCCGCUAUCGCACGUCCGCUUCUGGGUCUUCCAAAUCAUCCUGGUGGCCACGCCUUCACUCCUGUACCUGGGCUACGCGGUCAACAAGAUUGCUCGGGCAGAGGAGCGGGCUGGCAGUGGGGGAGUUAGUGGAUCAUCACGGAGGAAACCCCAGAAGCUUAACCUUGGGGGAAGAAUGCAGCACAGAGGUAUUGAAGAGGCUGAGGACAACCAAGAGGAAGACCCGAUGAUCUAUGAAAUGACAGAGGUGGUGAGCGAUGCUGCAGCAAAAGGAGACAGUGGCGAAGAACAAGUAAAGGUCAAGGCGCGGCAUGUUGGUCGCCAGCGUAUCAAAGAAGAUGGGCUAAUGUGUAUUUACGUGUUUCAGCUCUUGGCCAGCGCUUUGCUGGAGGUUGCCUUCCUGUGCGGUCAGUACUUCCUGUAUGGAUUUGAAGUACCUCCGACCUACAUGUGCUCUAAACUUCCCUGCCCUCACAGUGUGGACUGCUUUGUGUCUCGCCCCACUGAGAAAACUAUCUUUCUCCUCGUCAUGUAUGUCGUCUCCAUGCUCUGUCUGGCUCUCAAAUUAUGGGAGAUGCUUUACUUGGGCAUCGGCACCAUCUGUGAGAUUGUACGCACCCGCCAGGUGCAGCUCCCCGAUGGAGAGUUGUACGGACUGUCACAUGACCAUGGAGCUAUGAAAGAGGCCGGAUUGGGCGGAAGGGAUUAUCACAGCUACCCUUAUUCUUGGAAUGCAUCAACAGAUCAACCAGGGUACAACAUUGCAAUUAAGCCUUCUAUGGUAUCUACAAAGAACCACGACAAACCACUGCUCAUCACCGACAUGGCUAAUGCUAAGAUGGCAUGCCGACAGAACCACGUAAACAAUGCCCAAGAGGAGCUUCAGCACUUCUCCAGAAAUGAAGAUGACUUGGGCAGAGAGGGGAUGGAGGAUGCCUCCAGAUGUGUCAUCAGUCCAGCUCAGAAAAAGCUGGAGGCCGAGUGUCCGGCCUACCAGCACCUUCAGAGCCACAAUGAUAAUAACCACAGCAUUCCUCACCGCGAUCGUAAACACCAGCAGGUCCACAAACACACCUCCAGCAAGGCAGAGGCAGACAGUGGCAGCAGCAUCAGCAUCAACAGUAGUAACAGCAAAUACGGAGUGGUGAAGGGUUCCCUGUUUAUCUGA